CAGUAGUAAACAUCACUGUUUACUUCCGCCCUUAAGGUUUCAGGAAAAAGGAGAGUAGUAUUAUCCAUCAAAUUAAACAGAUUUAUAAACACAAUGGGCAAACAAGACGUUCGUGCCCAGAUAUUCAAAGGUCUGGAGAAUGUGUGGGAUGAAAACAUUUUAUUUGACUACGCUGUGAAAGUUCAGGAUGAAACCAUUCAAUGUCAUCGACUCAUCCUAGCGGCGUGUUCAGAAUUUUUCAAAGCGCUGUUUAGGUCUGGUAUGAAAGAAGUCACAGAAAACUUGUGUGUUUUAAAUGAUGUUUCGUGUGAAAUUUUCCGGAUGAUACUCAACACACUGUACAGCGGUGAAAUUGUUUUAACUUUAGGAAAUCUCUUUGAGGUUUGGCGAUGUGCGAACAUGCUGCAAAUACGUUUUUUAGUCGAUUUGUGUGAGAGCUUUGCUAUUGAAAAUACAACAGUAGAUACAUGGGUGAACAUGUAUACAAAUGCUAAGCGUUUUAACAUAAAACGAGUACUCGAUCACCUCCAUAUAUUCAUGUUAAAAAACUUCGAACACAUUAGAAAUUCAACAAUAUUUCUACAAAUGUCUUUUAAUGAAGUUCGUGAUUUGAUAAAAAGCCAAGAUCUAGUUGUCUACAAAGAAGAUUUAGUUCUUAAAUCAGUAAUCAAAUGGGCCGAGUACUCACCUGAUACGAAUUCUGAUUAUAAUGAGAGUAUCGAAGGACUUAAUGAAAUUGUUUGCAAAAGUGUCAAUCAAAACCAAAACAAACACCCUAAGCUUGAUGCAGAUAAUACAUGUUCUACCACAACACUUCAUCCGUGUGUUACUGAGCGUUCGACCAGAAUAGAAAAACUUGCAGAGCUUUUGAAGUUAGUGAGAAUCAGUCUUGUAAGUCCGGCUGUUUUAUUUCACGUCUAUAACUUGGACAUUCUGUCGGGAAAUAAUGACUCAAAAAAUAUCAUUUCCAACGCUUUAACCUAUAACCUGCAAGAUUUUAAACACGGUCAGUGGCCAUCAUCAGCUAUACAAAGAUCUUGUAGCCGGUACAUAAAUGCUGGAGUUAAUACAAGUAAUGGACGGUUUGAAGUUCAAUGCGCAUCCGACGAAAAGUUGUAUAAAAUGUUAAAAUGUACACUUUUACAGCACAAUAUUCAGCUUGUUUGUUUUGAGGGUGAGUUAUACGCCACAGGAACAGAAGAGAACCUGCCAUUUGAACCGUGUCGAAUGUUUGUGUUUAGUGACAACAAUUGGAAUAAAGUGAUAGACCUGCCAAGUGACAAUUUGUUGUUAGCUGCACACGGAGACUUUAUUUACAUUUUAAACAUAGAUGAUAAGUCCGUAAAUACCAUCAACCCGAAAAGGGAAAAUCCUAAUUUGGAACUAUUAACUGACUUCCCAGAAAAUGUAGAUGUUAAACACGCCAUGUUUCUAGAAAAUUAUCUCAUAUUGUUUUCAGCCGAGUCUUGUAAUGGCGUUAAACAAACAUCCGUUCAUAAACUGGACGUUGUGUCUAAAGUGUGGACCAGAUUAGACAAUCUAGAAGGACCAGCAGAACAACUCAUUAGCUUUAGGAACGACAAACACAGCUACAUUUUACAGGCCGAUGGCCGCCUGUGGCUGGUGGUAAAUUUACCCAGCAGCAUUGAAUUUAAAUUCCUGGUCCAGCUCUGGCAUUUUGAAUGCGAAUUGUGUGGCGGGCUGACGUACGAGAAGCAACUGAUACUUUUUGGACAACACCCAGUGGAUGACCCGCCUGAUGAGAUACGAUUGAAGAAAGUUCCUGGCCACUUUGAUCGUGUUACAUAUUGGGGUGGCGAUGGUGUUCAUUCUAAUUUUAUUCCAAUCACUCUACCUAUAUCAUGCCUCACUGAAAUCAUACAAAAAAAGCUUUAACAUUUGCAAGGGUAUAUUUAUACAAUUACAAUACCUCAGCUAUGGACAGAAAACGUAUUCACUUUUCUAAUUUUGCUUUUAUGUUUCUCGGAGCCAUUACUCAUAGAAUGAAUGUCUUAUUUCAUGAAAUUUUUGUUCGAUAAAAUAAUAGUGGAGACGUUCAUUUAAUUAAGUCAUCAACACACAAUAAAAUCGGAACACCGCGGGCGUAUCUUAAAAAAAAGAAAACAUACAUCAACUAUGCUAGACCUACCCUGUUCACUGGUGCCACAUCAAGGGUUUCAACAGGCAAAACAAAUAUUCACUAAAUUUAUAAAGACCAAACUUAUAUUUGCGAAUUAUGAAAAGGGCAAUGAAAUAAAACAACGUUAAGAUAGUUGAAGAAACAACUGUUCUUAUUUCAUAAGAAUAAAGCAGAUUAACAAAAAUUCCCACA